CAUGGCUGCGCCCGGCGGCUCCGAGGCGCUGCCCCGCCUGCUGCUCCUCUUCCUGGCCUUGGCCCUGGCCCUGCUGCUGGCGGCGGGGACGGGUCCGGAUUCGGACCCGGAUUCGAGUCCGGCUCCGGCUCCCGGCGGGUCCUGCGGGUGCGGGGCCGGCCGCGGCGGCGGGCGGGAGGCGGCGGCGCGGCGCUACGCGGCGGCACCGGGCGGCGGCAGCGGCAGGAGCGGGCCGAUGGUCGCCAUUCCGGGAGGAGCGUUCACCAUGGGCACCGAUGAGCCGGAGAUACGGCAGGAUGGAGAGUGGCCUGCCAGGAGAGUGCACGUUAACGGCUUCUACAUGGACCAGCACGAGGUCAGCAACGAGGAAUUCCAGAGGUUCGUGAACGCUACUGGGUACCUCACAGAGGCAGAGAAAUUUGGCGAUUCCUUUGUGUUUGAGGGAAUGCUGAGUGAAGAAGUGAAGUCUGAAAUCCAUCAGGCAGUUGCAGCUGCUCCCUGGUGGCUGCCUGUGAAGGGGGCCAACUGGAAGCACCCUGAGGGGCCUGACUCCAAUAUCUUCAACAGAAUGGAUCACCCAGUUCUUCACGUUUCCUGGAACGAUGCUGUGGCGUUCUGCACGUGGGCAGGGAAGCGAUUACCAACCGAGGCUGAAUGGGAAUACAGCUGCCGAGGGGGCCUUGAGAAUAGGCUUUUCCCCUGGGGCAACAAGCUUCAGCCAAAAGGCCAACACUAUGCUAAUAUCUGGCAGGGAGUGUUCCCAAGCAACAACACUGCAGAAGAUGGGUACAAAGGAACUGCACCAGUCACUGCGUUUCCUCCCAAUGGAUAUGGCUUGUACAACAUUGUAGGAAACGCCUGGGAAUGGACGUCUGACUGGUGGGCUGUUCACCAUUCAGCAGAGGAAGCUCAUAACCCCGUGGAGAACAAACCAUGCUGCAUUUAUUUUAAUGCCUUCUACUAGCUCAUUUAAAACUUGGCAUGUGAUAAAGCUGAUGCUUAUGGGUAGAAGUAGCGUACUGGGCUUUGACGGGGUUAAUCUUUUGUUUUCUUUGUGGCAGCCAGAGAAAGAGGCCCAGCAGGGUAAGCUUUGUUUGUGGGGUUUCUCAUGCGCUAUCUCUCAGUAGAUUCAAGCUCUAAUGUUACAUCCCCUUCUCUCUCACUUAUCUAGGACAGCUAAAUCUGAGAAAUGAACUGCUCCGUUCUCACAGAGCUUGUUUUGUUCAGACACAGUUAUCUGUAAUGAGAAAACGAGUUAAACCUCUCUGGGCAGGAGCUAUCUGUUGCUGCAGGAUUUGAGUAUCCCCGUGCUGUGGUCUCGUGUGAUACGCUGGCUUUGUCUGGUAUGCUGGACGUGAUCGCAGCCCUGUCUGAGAAGUCAGCAGCUGGAGGCAGCUUCAGGAAGCUGUUAAACUUUUUCUGCUGGUCUGUACAUAGCAGAGGGUGACAUUCUGCUCUUCCAGGAGGAUGUUGCCAGCAUGAGAAAAUGGGCUCAUCUUGGGGUCUAAAUUGCCCUAGGUCUGUACUAACAGUUUCAUCACCCUGGUGGAGAACCUGGAGCCCUGAUGUGUACCGAUCACACUGGCCAAUUCCAAGUUACUGUGUCCCAAUGAGGUCCUUCAGGUCUUUGUGGUGGGUGAAGCUGUGUGUCAGGUGGUAUAUUUACACAGCUCUUCCCAGGUAACUGAAAUGUUGGGAAUGUAGGGGUUUUUGUUGCUUGAUUUAAAAAAAAAAAAUAGGAUGGGCCAUUCUUUACUUCUUGCUGGCAGGCAGUCAUAGCAGUUUAACAGUUGCUUAAAAAUAAAAAGGCAGCAACCCUCCUUUCCUUUGGAACCUUGGCUGUGUUGGAUCACCAGGUGCUCUUUCUCAGUGUGUACAAAUAAGUUGUGAUGCAAUUUGAGAAUUUCACGAUCAUUCAAAUUUUCUACCCACUUCUGUAAUAACUCUGUAAAAAUUCAGUAAUAAUGAAAAGCUGUAUAGGAUGAACUCUCUUGAAUGUAUAAAUACACACCCGUCUCUUUCAAGCAGCAGUUCUCACCUUGCAUACAUUCUGUGUUGAAUUCAGGUGCUGGUGAGAAACAAGAGUUACGUUUCACUUCAGAAUUUUGCUGUGUUACACAACCUCACAGCCUCUUACAUUUAGGUUUUUAAGUUCAGCACAAACAUUUCCCAAACACUUCGGACAGGAUUUAACAAGGAGGUGUUAGUAAUGAUGCCUUUAGUUUUUUUCAAUUGGGAAACCAAGUGUCAGGAUCUAAGGUCUGAGGCCAGGCCCCCCAAGGUGAAUUCCAAAGAGUUCUGAUUAAACGGAUAAGGAAACUGAAUCUCAUAAUGCGAGAAGUUGUCCCCAAAUAGCCAGGCUACAGUACCUUCCGAGACACUGAACGUGAUUAGCACCGUAUCUAUCAGAGCCAAUCUCUUAAGUCUCUCCAGAGUACAAGUCAACGUAACCUAUGUAUAGGAUACGUUCCUUCUGCCUAAAAGCCUAGGAGUUCUUCUAGAGGGUCUGAGGUUGGUGAAAGGGUUUUUUUUUUUUUUUUAAUUUAUUUUUUAACGCGUUUAGUGUAGGAUCUGAAACCUUCUGUCUUCUCGAACUGGAGAGAUUUUGGCUGUACUGUGGACUGGUAACAAGGAAUGUAACAUGGAAUUUUAUGCAUGUGUUUUUCCUGUAAUUCAUUGGCUUGCACUCACAAAUAAUUACCAAGGGCAAAAAAUAAACUGGGACAUCUGAAAGUGUUUUGUAAGUUGUUUGCUGUCUUCUCAAAGUAUUAGAUCUAUAUUGUUCUAUAAUAGUGGUUUAGAAAAAAA